AUGGCGAUUGGCUUGCCAUCCACUGAUCAUUUCGUGCUCCUCACCAUCCUCAUCUGCCUCCUCCUCCAUCAUUGCAGUGCAGUCUAUGAUGUCGAGUCAACCGCUGAGUCGGGGAAGCUGAUAUCGGCCCAGCUAAAGCUCGUCGGUGGGUCGACAGAAUUUGGUCCUGAUGUGAAGAGUCUCACCCUAACCGCAAGUCUUGAGACGGAUAGCCGGCUACGCGUGCGCAUCACCGAUGCUGACCAUCGGCGAUGGGAGGUCCCCCAAGACGUCAUCCCACGCCCGGCACCAGGGCCAGAACCAAAGGACGUUUUGCUCGACUCACCAGGCAAUCCAUCCAUGCCGACCAACAGCACCAUGUCCAGCGCGUCUUCCGACCUGACCUUCACCAUCCACCCCAGCCCGUUCCGCUUCACGGUCUCCCGUCGCUCCACCGGGGACACCCUCUUUGACACUUCCGCCAACCUUGUCUUCAAGGACCGGUACUUGGAGGUGACAUCGGCGCUGCCGGCUGACCGAGCAUCCCUGUAUGGGCUCGGCGAGCAGAAAAAACAGACGUUCCGGCUACAACACAAUGACACUUUCACGCUGUGGAACGGGGACGUGACGUGGUCCGACCAACCGGACCUCAACCUCUAUGGCUCGCACCCGUUUUACAUGGACGUGCGCUCCGGCGGUGCCGCGCAUGGCGUGCUCCUCCUGAACAGCAAUGGGAUGGACAUACUGUACGGCGGAUCCUACGUCACCUACAAGGUGAUCGGUGGCGUGCUAGACUUCUACUUCUUCGUCGGUCCCUCCCCGCUCGACGUCGUGGACCAGUACACACAGCUCAUCGGCCGCCCUGCCCCCAUGCCCUACUGGUCAUUCGGGUUCCACCAGUCUAGGUAUGGCUACAAGAACGUGGCUGAUCUGGAUGGCGUGGUCGCCGGCUACGCCAAGGCCAGGAUCCCACUGGAGGCGAUCUGGUCGGACAUCGACUACAUGGACGGUUACCAGGACUUCACGCUGGAUCCGGUGAACUACCCGUCCAAGCAGCUCCGGCCAUUCGUGGACCGGCUCCACAACAAUGGCCAGAAAUACGUGGUCACCGUACACCCGGCUAUCAAACGGCAAGCAGCACCUCACGAGGACUUGUUCCUCAAGCGAAACGGCGCCAACCUGGUAGGCGAGGCGUGGCCAGGCGAGGUCUACUUCCUGGACUUCAUGAGCCCACGUAGCACCCAGUACUGGGCACGAAAGAUCUCUGAGUUUCGGCGGACCAUCCCUGUGGAUGGGCUCUGGUGCGACAUUAACGAGCCCUCCAACUUCAAGCAGUGGCAGCCACUCAAUCAGUUGGACGACCCGCCCUACCGCAUCAACAACUCCGGCUUCCACCUUCCCAUCAACUACAGGACUGUGCCGGUCUCAACGGUGCACUACAACGGCGUGUCCGAGUACGACGCGCACAAUCUCUUCGGCCUCCUCCAGGCGCAGGCCACGCACGCCGGGCUGCUCAGGGACACCACACGCCGCCCCUUCGUGCUCAGCCGCUCUACCUUUGUCGGCUCCGGCCGUUACGCCGCGCACUGGGCCGGCAACAAUGUCGCGCGGUGGGACGAGCUUGCGCAAUCCAUCAACACCAUCCUCAACUUUGGCCUCUUCGGCAACCCAAUGAUGGGCGCCGACAUCUGUGGCUUCAACGGCAACACCACCCAGGAGCUCUGCAGCCGCUGGAUUCAGCUUGGCGCAUUCUACCCGUUCGCCAGGGCCCACGCAGAGAAGACUGUUGGCGCCGCCUCCUCGCAGUGCCACUUCUUCUUCUACCUUGAGCUGGCUCUCACAGCUCUCUUAAUCACUCUAGGCAUACGAUCCGGCCAAAGCAUAUACAAAAUAUCAAGAUUAGUGCUAACAAAGACAACCCUCCGGCGAGAGCUCUAUGUGUGGGAGCCGACGGCACGGUCGGCGAGGAAAGCGUUGGGGAUGCGCUAUCGGCUACUGCCCUACAUGUACACGCUAAUGUACGAGGCGCACAUGACGGGGGCGCCCAUCGCGCGGCCACUCUUCUUCUCCUACCCGCAGGAUGCCGACACCUAUGGCGUGGACAGGCAAUUCAUGCUAGGCCGCGGCGUGCUUGUCUCUCCGGUGCUACAGCCCGGCGCCACCACCGUGGACGCCUAUUUCCCGGCCGGCCGGUGGUUCAGUCUUUACGACUACUCCCUCGCCUACACCAUGAAGGUCGGCAAGCGCGUGACCCUCCCGGCGCCAGCGGACUUGGCAAAUGCGCACCUGGCCGGCGGCAACAUCCUACUACUGCAGCAUGCCGACCUCACCACGUCCGCUGCACGCCAAAGCGAGUUCCACCUCCUUGUGGCGCUCGCGGAGAAUGGGACGGCCAGUGGGGAGCUGUUCUCGGAUGACGGCGACUCGCCGGAGAUGGGCGCUGUGGGAGGCAGUUGGACCCUGGUGAGAUUCAGCUGCGACAGGGAGGAAAGCAAAGGCAUGGUCACCACCAAGGUGAGUUCACAUGUGGUUCAGAACUCAUACGCGCCGAGUCGGGCGCAGGUCAUCGGCAAGGUGGUCUUCAUGGGGCUGCCGUCCGCACCAAAGAGCUUCGCUAUCUAUGUAAACAGCGUGCAGCUCAAGGCAGCCCGCACCAAGUCCCGGGCGAGCGGAGUCUUCAGCGUCAGUGGCCUGUCGCUGGCAAUCGGACAGAAGUUUGAGAUAAAGCUUGUCAUGUCCCAUUAG